AUGACUGAUAAAGAGAAUGGUUUGUCAACGACAAUUGCGGGUAAUAUUUUUACGUUUCAAGAAACUUCUUAUACACUGCCAUAUUUUGGCAUUGAAACCGGGAAUCUUAUCGAACCGCUAGAAACUAAAGAAUUUAUUGAAGUAGCCAUCCGGAAAGGAUGUCGAUGUUUUGAAGUUUCAUUGUUCAAUGGAAAUUUGGAAAUUAUUAGCCAAGCAAUUAAUGAUGCUAUUGACCGGUUAAAUUUGAAACGAACAGACAUAAAGCUUAUAGCUACAGUUGAAAUACAGACCGAUGAUGUAGCUGCUGCAGUUAGACGACAAAUAGAAGAAACAAUUGAUAGUUUACAUACCACGUUUCUUGACGUUGUCAUACUCCGAUCACCAUAUGCGCCGGGCACAACCGAUAGCGACACGAAAAAUAAAAGACGUCGAAGAUUGGCAUAUCAAGAACUGGAAGCUUUAUUCUGCCCAUUUUUUUUGUUUUUUGCAGUAGAGAGGAAGAUACGUAUGUUUGGUUUAUGCAACUUUGAGUUUCAUCAUAUAUUUGAAAUUAAAAGCUUUGCUAAGUAUCCGCCAUCAAUACUGCAGCUGGAGAUACAUCCGCAUUACUACAGAGAAGAUCUUAUUCAGUUUGCACUAGAAGAAAAAAUGUUUGUUCAGGCAAAAAAUUUAUUGGGAGAGUUCCAUCCAAAUUUCAAUAAUGACAAUACCAUUGCAAGUGUUGCAGAAUCUAAACAACUGACUAUUCCACAACUCUUAACCACUUGGAUUAUUCAUUGUGGCUUUGGACUUAUGCUGUCGGUAACAAAUGUGGAACAACUUUCUGAUGCUAUUAAAGCUUGUUCUGUUCAGUUAAGCGAUAUCGAGGUCAAUAAGCUUUGUAAGCUUAACAAAGAUGUUUCAUAUUGUUCUGAAGAUUGA